CCUGAGGGAGCUCGGCCGCCAUUUUGUGCCUCUCGCUCAGUCCGGGGCGGCCGCGCGGGCGCUGCGGCUCUGAGGGAGCUCUCACCUCUCCUGCUCUGUAAGUCGGGGCGACGCCGCCAUGGGCCGUAAGAAGAAGAAGCAGCUGAAGCCUUGGUGCUGGUAUUGUAAUAGGGAUUUUGAUGAUGAGAAAAUCCUUAUACAGCAUCAGAAAGCAAAGCACUUUAAAUGCCAUAUAUGUCAUAAGAAGCUGUACACAGGACCUGGUUUAGCUAUACACUGCAUGCAGGUACAUAAAGAAACAAUAGAUGCUGUUCCAAAUGCUAUUCCUGGAAGAACAGACAUUGAACUGGAAAUCUAUGGAAUGGAAGGCAUUCCAGAAAAAGAUAUGGAGGAACGGAGGCGGUUACUUGAACAAAAAACUCAGGAGAGCCAGAAAAAGAAACAACAGGAUGAUUCUGAUGAGUAUGAAGAUGAUGAAUCUGCAGCUUCAACAUCAUUUCAACCCCAGCAAGUUCAGCCACAGCAGGGGUACAUUCCCCCAAUGGCACAGCCAGGUUUGCCUCCUGUGCCAGGUGCACCAGGGAUGCCUCCAGGUAUACCCCCAUUAAUGGCAGGUGUUCCACCUAUGAUGCCUGGAAUGCCUCCAGUUAUGCCUGGAAUGCCACCUGGAUUACAUCAACAGAGAAAAUACAUGCAGUCAUUUUGUGGUGGAAACAUGAUGAUGCCAAUGGGUGGAAUGAUGCCUCCUGGGCCAGGAAUCCCACCUCUUAUGCCUGGUAUGCCACCAGGGAUGCCCCCUCCUGUUGGGCCUCGGCCUGGCAUGCCUCCAAUGACACAAGCACAGCCUGUUACAGCCCCGGGCAUUCUGAACCGGCCUCCAGCUCCUGCUGCAACAGCGCCAACCCCACAACCUCCAGUUACUAAACCACUCUUCCCAAGCGCGGGGCAGAUGGGGACACCUGUCACAAGCUCAAGUGCAGCUUCCUCCAAUUCAGAAAGUCUCUCAGCAUCUUCUAACGCUCUGUUUCCUAGCACAGCACAAGCUGCAGCAGCUGUGCCAGGGCCAGUUGGUACUGAUUUCAAACCUUUGAAUUCUACACCCGCGACAACGACGGAGCCCCCCAAACCAACAUUCCCUGCUUACACGCAGUCUACAGCCUCAACCACUAGCACAACAAACAGCACUGCAGCUAAACCAGCUACAUCUAUCACAAGUAAGCCUGCUACCCUCACAACAACCAGUGCAACCAGUAAGUUGAUCCAUCCAGAUGAGGAUAUAUCACUGGAAGAGAGAAGGGCGCAGUUGCCUAAAUACCAGCGCAAUCUUCCUCGACCGGGCCAGGCUGCCCUGGGUAAUCCAGCAGUUGGACCAAUUGGAGGUAUGAUGCCACCACAGCCAGGAAUUCCUCCUCAACAGCAAGGAAUGAGACCUCCCAUGCCACCUCAUGGUCAGUAUGGUGCUCAUCACCAGGGCAUGCCAGGAUAUCUUCCUGGAGCAAUGCCUCCAUAUGGUCAGGGACCUCCGAUGGUGCCCCCGUACCAGAGUGGACCGCCUCGCCCUCCGAUGGGAAUGAGACCUCCCGUAAUGUCGCAAGGUGGCCGCUACUGAUGCUCCUACUCACACUCUAAUAGCCCUGCCAUAGGACAGGCUGAGGCAGAGUCUCAGUGUUGCCCUGUUCAGUCUGAGCAGCAGAAUUUCAGCAUUUGCUACUUACUGGUAGAGAAGAAAAAUUCCACAGAACUGCCAGUACAGGUUAGUUUAAUCUGUAAGUACCUGAUGUUCCUAUUUGAAAUAAUUUGUUCAAAUGAUACCACUUAAAUACCUGAGGGGAAUUUUGGUCUCUGAAAUGUGAUUGUUACCCACUGCUGAUUCCAGUAGUGAGUGAACAGGUUAGUUUUUUUUGGAAGAUCUAUAAUGGAUUUAACUAUGCUUGUGGACAGGUAAAAAAUAUCUGCAAGCACCUUUAAGGAAAAUUUAAUACAGAAUCUUGACAAGCAGCCUUUGAUCUUACUGAAGGGUGUGAAAAUCUGAAGUCAAAAAUCACUGUGCUAACAUGCCAGUUAUUAAUGAGGCUGUUUUUUAUCAGCAAACCAACAGGAUCCUGUGUUGUGUUGGGGGUUAAGCAUUUCUGUUUGUAAGAAUCCAUAGCAGUUUGUAAUCUUUCCACUUUCUUUAGCUAUUGCUAAUUACCCUUUCUUACCCACAGAUUUUUACUUUGUUAGGCUUGUAAGCCAGGAGAUUGUUGUAUGCUUUUUUUUUGAUUAUUACUUUUGUUAGUUCAUUUCAGCACUUCAGAGGCUACCUAUGAACAUGGUUUUGUCCAGCUGUUUUAUCUUACUCCACAGUUACUGUUCUGCUUCAUUUAAUUCUGCCCUUUCCAUAUUCCCAGAAAUUCUUUAAAAAACCUUAAAAUAGGGAAGAUUCUUUGUGAAUGGGUAAAAGAUGCAGCUUUCUCUGGAAGGACUGCAUAUAUUUAUUUCUAUUUUGACUUUGUAUAUCUCAUCUCUGAAUAUCAGCAGAAGAGAUGAAAACUUCCUCUGUGCUGUAGCACGAAACAGAGAUCCACAGCUGGAUGGGCUGUAAGACUGCUAUAAUUCACUUUUUAAGGCCGUGAUGUCCCACUCUGAAUUUGAGGGGCUUUUGACAUCACUGGGGGAUAAUUAGUCAGUACUGGGGAGGUCAUAGUUAUGUGGUAGCUGAACAGACACUUCAGUUUUGCCAGCUCAUCUGAGGGGGUCUAGAGUGGGUUUAUGAGUGACUUUCCACCACCAGCAGGAUUGCUUGUAUUAGGGUUCUGAAGUCUUAAAGGGUGCUGCAGAAUUCAUCAUAAAAAUAUACAGUUUCAAGGCAAUUUUAUCUUCCCAGGUUUUAGGGUAAUUACACUUUCAACCCAUUGUCUGCCAUCUUCUCUGCAUCAGUUCUUGGUAAUUCACACUAAAUUGCUUUGUCUUCAAAAAACUAAUGUUGCAUAGGUUUUUCUUCCUGGAAGGGGGGAAGAAAAGGGAAGUUACACAUUAACACUAAUAAUUUAGCUUUGUCUCUGUUUGCUUAAUCUUAAUUACAGGUAUACAAGAAUAAAAGGGAUACCUUGUUGUGAGGCCAUUACCCUGUUAACAGAAUGUAUCCAUGGUUCUUACACCCUCUGUUGUUGACCCCAGCUAGUACUUAAUGCAAUGCUCAAUACUAAGGUGCAGUGAGUAACUGGUUUUGGCUGCUCAAUUACCUUACCAAGUCCUGGUUUUGACAGUGGUUGGAUGCAGAUCUGCACUACUUGUACAGCAGCCUGGCAGUCAGUGGGGAUAACUAAAGGGCAGAGUGUGUUCCAUAGUGUCUUAACAAAGAAAAAGUGCAUUUCUCCACGAUGGUAGUAGAAAUCUGGUAGAAUAUCAUCUCUUUGUGGAACUUUAAAUAGCAAUUACUUACGGUACUUUCUGGUAGAAUAAAGUUUUUCUUUUGAGAUAGGACUAAAACAAUACUGGAAAUUUGAACUUUGAUGACCAGGUGAGCAGUGUUAAUUUGUAGGUCAACUUCUGACACACCAUUAGAGCAGCUGUCCAUUGUAAAGUGGUUCAGUAGUCUUCCCUCCCAGUUCUGGUACGGUAGAUUUGGAACAGCUUGUAAUUUCCUACUAUUUCCUUAGAGUCCUUGCUGACACACAGUUUUCCUUUUAGAGUUCCUUGUCACUGUGGAGCAAACAAAAAUGAACAAACUCCAGGUUUUUAGUACCUUCACAAUGGACCUUUAGGCAUAUGAGUGAAUAGUGUCCCUUCUCAGCAGUAUGAGCACAAGUGUGUUUUGAAGGGGUUUUUUUCUGUAACUUGAUACUGCUUUUGUGUUAAGUGGUAUGAAAGGGCUGGGAUUACUGAUCUUUUUAAAAAGACAGGUGGUGGCAAAAUACUGAUGUUGAAUUUAAUUCAAGAAAGUGAAAGACUGGUAAGUAUGUGCAUCACUUUAAUGCAUGCAAAUAAUAGUAACAAUAACAAGCUUAAUUUUAUAGCAUUCAGUUUCCAAAGAAGAAUAAGAGAAAAUACAGAGCUAACAUCAUUUGCGUCUGCUGGGAACCUUCUCUGAGCUAUUCUUCAGGAAUGUGUUAUUGCACAUAAAACCAUCUGUAAUGUGUGAUCAUUAUGUAACAGUCUCUGAUUAAACAGAAGUGAAUCACU